AUGGCGACCGUCGUUAUUAUCCCUGGCUCUUUCGCAUCGCCGUCGCUCUACGAACCUCUCGCUCAGAGUUUCGCUCGCCAUGGCAUACAAUCCGAGAUCGUUGACUUACCCUCUGUCGGUCGAAAGGAAGGAAGGAACCCUGCUACAAUGAGUGACGACGUCGAUGAGAUUGUAUCUGUCGUGGAGAAACUAUUAGAUGAGGACAGAGAAGUAAUCCUGCUGGCUCAUUCAUACGGUGGUGUACCCGCUACUCAAUGCCUGGAAGCACUCUCACAGAAAGCCCGACAAUCUCAGGGGAAGAAAGGCGGCGUCAGCAACAUCAUUUAUCUUGCUGGAGUUGCACUGCCGGUCGGCGGAUCCGUCAUAUCAUUGCUAACAGCCCCAGACUAUCUCAUCAUCGAGGCAGGUUUACCUUUCUUUACCCAUGACAAGAAUUCACCACCCGAAGAAGCUCUCAAGCUGGCAAAGGAGCUGUCCCAGCAUUCGACAGCCGCAUACAAAGGUCAGCUUACAUACGCCGGAUACAAAGAUGUCAAGGUCCACUACAUCAUCUGUGAACAAGAUAAACUCGUUGUCCCAGAGUAUCAGUUUGGUAUGGUUGAGUUACUCAAAGGUAUGACGAAUGGGAGAGUUGGGGUUCAUAAGAUUCAGAGUGGACAUACGCCUAAUCUCACCCAGCCUGACACGCUCACCGAGAUGAUUAAGCCGAUCGUAGAGAAGAAGUAA